UCCUUCCUGAGGGGUCUGGGCCUUUGGGCAUCAAAGUUUCUGAGGCUGGGUUGCUGCAGGUGUCCAUUCACAGUUACAAUGGGACAAGGGGAGCCAGGAGGCCUCCAUGUGGAUCACUCCGUUCCACACAUUCUCCUCCUGCCCACAUGUGACAGCAGCCCUGCCUCCUCCUGCAGAUCAGGGUCCAUCACCCCUGCCUCAAAAGGAGGGGACUCCUCACCUGCUGGUCUCUGGGCACAUACUGUCCAAACUUCCCUGGUGGCAACUGUAACAUGUAGUUGUAAGAGUGCCCUCUUUGAGUAA